AUGACUUCUUUUUCAGAGUAUACUUUUAGUGAAAAUUUUGAGGUUACUGAAGAAGUAAGGCGUGACUUCGAUGAAUAUGGAUACAUAUUGCUUAGGGGAGUACUGGACCAGGAAGAACUCUCUAUGAUAGAAAAAGCGAUAACGGGAUCGGAUGCCAUUACACAACAUUUAUAUUACGAUACAGAGUAUGAAGGGAAAAAAACUGACAAAGUCAUGUGGUCUCAUCCGGGUUCUGACGUCACAGGGAUGGUGGCCAGGAGCAAGAAGAUUGCAGGGGUUAUGGAGAAGCUGCUUGGAGGAGAGAUAUAUCACUACCACACAAAGCUUAUGAUGAAGGAAGGCGGCAUAGGGGCUAGACACGUAUGGCAUCAGGACUACGGGUACUGGUAUCACAAUGGAUGCCUUUUCCCAGACAUGGGAACAGUGUUUCUAGCUUUGGAUCCAUGUAAGAAAGAAAACAGCUGUCUGCAGAUUUUACGCGGAUCUCACAAGUGUGGUCGAAUAGAACAUCGGCCUGUGAAGCAGCAGUAUGCUGUGGAUGAGGAAAGGAGAGUCGACAUAUCACAACGCUGUCCCCAUCAAUACAUUGAGAUGGAGGCAGGUGAUGCCCUCUUCUUUCAUUGUAACCUGAUCCAUUCGAGUAGUGAUAACACUAGUAACAGGAGGAGAUGGGCCUUCCUGACUGCCUAUAACAGAGCCAGUAACAAUCCUAUUAUAGAACAUCAUCAUCCCCAGUACACACCUCUACACCAGGUUCCAAAUAUGGCCAUAAAGGAAUGCAUGAAUUACACAAACAUGGAAGGGAAAAUAUUCCUCGAUCCCAAGAGAGAUUCUACCAUCAAAACUAACUUUAGAAAACACAGCCAAGCCUGA